AUGGUAGUUUCAGAAGGUGACUCUGGUGACGCGAAGCCUAUAGCGUCUGAAGAGACUGCUAAAGAAGAUGUUAAGUCACCCAGGCUUCUCACAUUAGAAAUUUUACGUAUCACCAAGGAUGCUCAACAGCAGCAUGGUUUACGUCAUGCGGACUUCCAAAGGUACAGAGGGUACUGCUCCCGGCGGCUCAGGCGGUUGCGUAAAGUGCUCAAGAUUCCACAGGGUGACAGGCGUCAUUACCGUCGUCGUGAUGUUACUACGGUCCAUUUGACGGCGGCCGCUGCCGAGAACCGUCUGUUGUGUGUGCCGCUGUUGCAGGCAGAAAGGGCUUGGGCUCACGCUAUGCAAUUGCGACAAGAGGCUAACACUGAACCAAGGAAGAAAUUUCAUCUGGUGUCGCGAUUGAAGAAAGCUUGCGCUCACGCUCAAACACUUUUGCAGUUAUGUGAGCAAAGUGGUAUGUGCGACGCGCGUACUCAGCUGGAGGCGGGCGCGUACGCCGCUUGGUUGAGUGGCGCGCUGCUGGUGGAGCUGCAGCAGUGGCGCCCCGCCGCUGAGAGCCUGCACCGCGCGCAGCUCGUGCUGGAGAAACUGUGCGCUGCGCUGCCUGAAGACGAGCGCCUCGUCUACCGGCAGAAGGUAGAGGAGUUGAAGCCAAGCCUACGUUUCUGCGCGUAUAACAUCGGUGACGAGUCGGCGGCCGGAGACCUCGUCGCUAUGCGAGGACAAGGCCUCAUUGAGAACUUGGACUCGCUAAUGGCUCAAGCCAAGGAAUCCCGUUCAGGUGUGAUGCACGAAGUGGAAUGGCGCGGUCGUCGCGUGACAGUGAGGCCUGAAAAAGUGAGACUCUUCCUUAUCGCUUUGCAAGAUUUUGAUAAGUCGGUUGUAAAUGCUGAUACAGUCCAGGCUAAGAUCGAUAUUCUGGAAAACAUUCUCAUGGAUUCCAAGGAUGCCAUUUCAGCACUCAAAGACGAAAUUAAAAGCGAUCCAAAACUAAAAACUGCUUCGGAGACUCAAAUGUCAAGUGUCAACUACUUGCUCUCUUACUUGAUGUACCUGCGUCUAAUGCGCACCAUCGACAGGAACAAUCUUCUGGUACAACAAGCUGAGGAAGCUCGUAAGAACAACAUUCAAAUAGAUGGCAAAAAGGUACGUCCUCAUGAUCUGACAAGAUUGUACGAAAUCAUCUUGCAGAACUUCACUGAACUGCAGCAGUUGCCAGGCUUUGAAAGCGACGCCGCCUAUCAGCAAGAGAUAGAGAUACAGACAAAGGCGUACCGAGCAUUCCGCUGUUAUUAUAUCGCUCAAGUGCUCACCACUUUAAGACGUUUCAGGGAAGCACUCGCUAUGCUCGAGAGGUGCAGCAAUUAUACUGUGGAAUCGUUGGGCAGUAAGCUCGCUGACAAGCAGUUGGUCGAAAAGUUGCAAGUCCUCAAGAAGGACAUAGAAAGUUGCAAGUUCGAAGUUCAUGCCGAUUCGGUUCUCGAAGAUGAUGACGACCAAGAUGAAGAUACGAAGUUUACAAGCGGGAAAUAUAAAGAUAAGAAGCCUUUAGUAGACCGCUUAGAUGAAUACCGUGAGGAUACCCAGGUCCUUACUAAAAACCCUAAUAUCUACAAAAUGCCCCCAUCGAUGGACGCUAUCCCUUGCAAGCCGUUGUUCUUUGACCUGGCCUGUAACUUUGUGGAGUUCCCGAACUUGGAUGACAAGACAGGUGCGGCCGAUAGUAAGAAGCAGGGCGCCGGCCUCACGGGACUAGUCAAAGGGUUCCUUGGGUGGGGUAAAAGUGACAAGUAA